UGAAUUAUAAUAUAUUAAUAUUAAUAUUAUGUGGUUAUUUUGUCAGUACAAACUACUAGUAUUCAGUAAUCUGUACUCACAAUUCUAUGGUUUGAUGCUUAAUCUUGUAGAUCCUACGAAAAUAGUAAAAUGACUAUUACAAUACUUUUACUACAAAACUACACUACAAAUCCAAUGAAUAGCAUAAACAUAUUAUACUGUAGGUAGUUGUCAUUGUGAUUUGUAGUUUAAAUGAAUUGCAUUAUAGCAGUCGCGAUAAAACUGUUGAAAUCUAUAUUGACUUGAAACCGAUUUGGAAAUGUAAUUUUCUAAAAACAUCAAGUUUAGGGAGAAUGUAAAAUUUUAAUUACAAUUCUUUCAAAUUCUUUAAUAUGUUUCAAAUAUUAUGUAUACCACAGACAUGAUACUUAAUUAAUAUGCAUUAUGAGAAUACUGAGCUGAAUAGCAGUUAAUAUUUAAAAUUUAACUAUAGAAUUAAUCAUGAAGUCUAAGCAAUCAGCAGACAACUCUUGGGAUUCAAAACUACCAAUUCCGAAGUUUCCAGUAUGGUUAUAUAUUUUAAUAGUAGCAUUUGUAUCUAUAUUAUGCUAUGGUAACUCGUAUUAUGGUGGUUUUGUGUUUGAUGAUUCAGAGGCGGUUGUAAAUAAUCAUGAUGUAAACCUUGAAACACCAGUUGUUAAGAUUUUUAGCCACGACUUUUGGGGUACAAGACUAACAAACCAUGCCAGUCAUAAAUCAUACAGACCUUUUACAAUUUUGUCAUUUAGGUUUAAUGUGUGGUUAAAUAAUGGACAUUUGUGUCCUAAGUCAUUACAUUUAACUAAUAUAAUUUUACAUGCAGUUGUUUCCUGUCAACUAUUAUAUGUCUAUAAUUUGUUAUUUAAUGGAAAUGCACCUAAGACUUCAUUUUUAGCUGCUCUCAUGUUUGCAGUGCACCCUGUUCAUGUAGAAGUAGUGUCUGGUAUAGUCGGUCGUGCUGAUCUACUUAGUGCAUGUUUGUCACUUUUUGUCUUCAUUAUUUAUCAUAAAACAGCAAAAGCUAAACUAAUAAAUACAUUUACCAACAUAAUAGCUACAUUAUUUUGUUGUGUCCUAAGUAUUAUGGCUAUGCUAUGUAAAGAACAAGGACUUAUGAUUAUGACAUUUUGUGGUGUUUAUGAAGUUAUUAUAAUUAACAAAAUUACAUUUCAAAGUGUUAUGAAAAAUACAAAAAUCUCAAAAAUUAUUAGAUUGCUUAAAAAAGAAUCAUUAGAAAGGCUGUUUAUAUUGACUGCUGGGUUUUGUAUUAUUCUUUAUGGCAGAUGGACUAUUAUGGGUACACCUCCUAUUUUUCAACAAAUUGAUAAUCCAGCAUCAUUUUUAUCAACACCAUUUGAAAGAUUUGUAAAUUACAGUUAUAUCUAUUUAAUUAACAUUUGGAUAAUGAUAUGUCCUGUUUGGCUAUGUUUUGAUUGGUCAAUGGGCUGUAUUCCUCUAAUACAUUUAAAUGAAUUUCCUAAAGAUCCAAGAUUGUUCAUUGUUUUUGGAUUUUGGAUCAUUCUUGUAUUCAUAUUUUAUAAAAUCCUGUUUUCAAAAAAUUAUGAUGUAAAACAAAUGCAAAUGGGAUUUCUAUUAGGUCUUUUAUCAUUUCUGCCUGCUUCAAAUUUAAUGUUUACUGUUGGGUUUGUCAUAGCAGAACGGGUGUUAUACUUGCCUUCUGCUGGUUUUAUUAUAAUUGUAGUUUUGGGUAUCAGAAGAUUAUGUUUAAAUUAUUUUAUUAAAAGGAUAGUUAGAAUGUGCAUUUUACUAUUGAUUGUUGUACAUUCCAUUCGAACAUAUCAACGCAGUAAGGAAUGGAAUACUGAAUUAGAUUUGUUUAGAAGUGCAUUAAAAGUUUGCCCAAUGAAUGCUAAAGUACAUUAUAAUUUAGCGAAAAGUUUAGCUGAUAUUGGAUAUGUACAGGAAGCAAUAGAACGUUAUAAACAUGCGCUAUUAUUACAUCCAAGGUAUGAUCAAGCGAUGAAUAAUUUAGCAAAUAUUUUAAAAGAUAGGAAUGAAUUGGAAGAGGCCAGAUUUUUAUUAGAAAAAGCUGUUACUAUUAGAAAUGAUUUUGCUGCUGCUUGGAUGAAUUUAGGUAUUGUAUUAUCCGCUCAACACAAAUAUAACAAAGCUGAAGAUGCAUAUUUAACAGCCUUACAACACAGAAAAAGCUAUCCUCAUUGUUACUUCAACUUGGGAAAUCUAUAUUUGGAAAUGGGAGAAAAGACUAAGGCAUUAUUUGCUUGGCAAAAUGCUACAUUUCAACAGCCAACACAUGUAAUUUCAUGGAAUAAUAUGAUUGUGCUCCUAGAGUCAAUAGGCGAAUUAAAAAGAGCAGAGAAUGUAGCUCGCACAGCCCUUUCUAUUUUACCAAAUGAACCAAAUUUACAUUUUAAUAUAGCUAACAUAUUAGGUAAAAUAGAUAAAUUUGUAGAAGCUGAAAAACAUUUUUUGGCUGCUAUUAAAUUAAAACAUUUAACUUCUAAAACUGUAUUAGUUGCAUUAUAUCAUUCAAAUUUGGGAGUUUUGUAUCAUCGGUGGGAAAAAUAUGAUCUUGCAGAAAUGCAUUACUUACAAGCCUUAAUGAUUGAUCCAAAUAUGCAAAAAGUUAAAAAUCACCUAGCAUUACUUCAUAAACAUUUAGAUGAAAUCAAUCAACCCACUCUUAAUAUGAAGUCUUAUCAACAAGAAAAGGAUUUUUAAUGUAUUAAAACAAAGCUCUUGUUUCUUUAAUAUUAAGGUAAUAUGUAAGUAUGAGUCUAUAUUACUAUCAUGUUUGCGUUCUAAAAUGUAUUGGAGGUCGAGCAUAAAUAUGUGUAUAUUAAUAUUAUAAUAAAAAUAUUGAUUUAAU